AUUUGUUUAUGCAUAUAUGACAUGAAAUGAUUGAGUAAGCUUAAGAGUUAGCCAUAUUUUAUAAAUCAAAAAACAACAAUUGCUGAGAAAGAGGAGAGGCCUAUACUUUUGAUUGUUUUCUUUCUCUUCGACUCCGGAUUGUAGCUGUCUCCUUAUAUACUUUUCUCUUGGUUUGGUGGUGUUGAAGAAGAAGAACUGAAGAAGUAGCAGCUAAGCCUAGCCCGAAGAAAUUAACAACAAGAGAAGCAAGCAACGAUUAACAGUUAUAUUAUCUUUGAAGAUGGCCGCCGCCUCAUCAUCCACACCGUUCUUUGGAACCAGGGAAGAAAAUCAAACCCAGAUGAUACAACAACAAUCAUCCAGCACACCCACUUCCUCAACUGCUCCAACCACUGCACCUCAGAAGAAAAAGAGAAAUCAGCCUGGAACACCAAAUCCAGAUGCGGAAGUGAUAGCACUAUCUCCCAAGACCCUAAUGGCAACAAACAGGUUCAUUUGUGAGGUAUGCAACAAAGGGUUCCAAAGGGAGCAAAACUUACAGCUCCACAGAAGAGGACACAACCUGCCUUGGAAGCUAAGGCAGAAGACUACAAAAGAAGUGAAGAGGAAGGUUUAUCUCUGCCCUGAGCCCACAUGCGUCCACCAUGACCCCUCUAGGGCUCUAGGUGAUCUCACAGGCAUCAAAAAGCACUACUCAAGAAAACAUGGCGAGAAAAAAUGGAAGUGUGAGAAGUGCUCCAAGAGGUAUGCCGUGCAAUCUGAUUGGAAAGCUCAUUCAAAGACCUGCGGGACUAGAGAGUACAGAUGUGACUGUGGCACUCUCUUCUCAAGACGUGAUAGUUUUAUCACUCACAGGGCUUUUUGCGAUGCACUGGCUCAAGAGAGUGCUAGACACCCCAACAACUUAAGCACAAUGGGUAGCCAUCUAUUUGGCAGUAAUCACAUGAGUUUAGGACUAUCCCAAGUGGGUUCCCAAAUUCCAUCAUUGCAAGACCAGAAUCAACCACCGAGUAACAUGCUGCGGUUGGGAAGCGCCGGAGCAGCAAAGUUUGAGCACCUCAUCCCUCCAUCAAAUCCUUCGCCAUUACAAAACAUGCCAACAUCUGCAUUUUUCAUGCCUGAUGCAAACCAAGGUUUUCAUCAUCAAGACCAUCAAUCUCACCAUGGGCAUGGACCAUUUCUAAACAAACCAUUACAUGGGCUUAUGCAGCUUCCUGACCUUCAAGGCAAUACUAACAAUACCCCCGUAUCGACCAAUCUUUUCAAUUUGGGCUUCUUUCCCAAUAACAGUGCUGCAAGCAGCAUAAGUACCAGUGAAAAUGCCAGUGCCUCAACUGCCAACUUACCAAAUUCCGGGUUUUUAAGCCCUAAUCAGUUUAACAGUGGGAAUGGUGGUGGUGGUGGUCAAGGGACAGCAAUGUUCUCUACUAACAUGGGAGAUCAGGUCGGUUCAGGACUCUCCUCUCUUUAUAGCACUUCAAUGCAACAUGAGAACAUUUCUCCACAUAUGUCAGCCACCGCAUUGCUGCAAAAAGCUGCUCAAAUGGGUUCAACUACAAGCAACAACACCUCCUCUUUGCUAAGGGGCUUGGGGAAUUCUUCAGCAAGUGGGACUAAAUCCGAUAGGCCAGUUUUAUCCGCUAACUUCGGCAGUAAUUACGGCGGUGGUGGUGGAGGUGAAACCCUAAGAUCACAGAUGGAGAACGAUAGCAAUCUUCAAGGGCUAAUGAACUCUCUUGCAAACGGCAACUCUUCCAUUUUCGGGGCGGGUCAUGGACAAGAUAGCAACUUUGGAGGGUUCAGUGGAAGUGGGAUGACUCCUGCUCAGCAGAGCAAUAAUGCCAACUUUUGCAACGUAAAUGAGGCCAAGUUGCAUGAAAAUCUUGCCGCAAGCAUAGGCGGAACUGAUAAAUUAACCUUGGAUUUUCUAGGUGUUGGAGGAAUGGUAAGAAGCAUGGGUGGAGGUUUUUCGCAGAGAGAACCACAUGGGAUUAAUAUUAGCUCUUUGGACCCCGAAGUGAAUUCAGCUCAAGCAAAUCAACAAUUUGGAAGUGCAAAACUGCUCUAAAUAUUGACUAGCAGCUGUCGAGCUAGGCGCUGAGGCAGGCAAGCUAGCUUUGUAGGUUAAUAUGUAGGGAAAAACUCUUCUUGGUUUUGAAUUUGACGGCAUGAAUUAGCUAGGGUUUCAUUCCUAAGGUGUUUUUAAGGUUUACUUUAGAUUCAAUUAAGUUAUUUUCUUUGCAUACUCCAGUCGUUGAACAGAGAUGGUAAGCAAACAAAAAAAAAAAAAAUCUUCUUUCUCUCUUUUCCCUACAA